ACCAAACGCUGGUUUAUCCACAUGGGCAUUUCAACGUCUGAUCCGUAAUUCCUCACGAGCAAAAAGGACGAUAACGAUAAAGAUACCACUACAUCCUCACCCCUUCAAGUACAUUACCACCCAGUUUUUUGUUCAACUCUUCUUCUCUUCUUUAAUACGUUCUUAAUCUGCUGAACUCUUUGUUUAUUUUUCCCUUUUCCCCACUCUCUAUUUUUCUUUUUGUCAUCCGUAGCAUUCCAACCUUAAUCGCUCUACAAAACAACAUCCAAUGGCAAACCGUAAUCAAUUAUCAUCCGUGCAGCGAUCGCUGAUCAACCCUCCCACCUACAUCGAAUACAAAGGCGCUCGCUUUCUGAUUGUCGAUGCUCCUAGUAACAACAAUUUACCACUGUACAUAAAGGAGUUUGAACGCUGGAAUGUGACCGACGUUGUUCGAUGCUGCGAGCCAACUUAUGCAAAGGAACCGCUGGAAGGGAAAGGGAUCAAAGUUCACGACUGGGUUUACGGCGAUGGAGAAGCACCACCCAAUCACAUCGUUGACGCAUGGCUUGGAUUAAUUGAAAAGCGAUUUGGUGGAGAAAUCGGCAACCAUGACAGUAAUGAAAAGAACUCGACAAAGGAUGGCCAGAAACCUCCGUGUAUUGCGACUCAUUGUGUCGCUGGGUUAGGCAGAGCACCUGUCUUGGUGGCGAUUGCGUUGAUUGAAGAAGGAAUGUCGCCUUUGGAUUCGGUUGUAUAUAUACGAGAACGUCGCCGAGGGGCGAUUAACAACAAGCAGCUCAAAUAUAUUGAAAGCUAUAAGAGACGAUCCAAGGGCAAAUGUAUCAUCUGCUGACUGGAACGGACUGUAGAGUUUGUACAACAUGACAUGGCCCCCCUUGAAGAGAGCUAUCUUUGUUUUUCUCGUGGCGCACACAAUCAGAAGUACCGCACAAU